AUGCUACUUACUGUGGGACUUAGCUUCCUGCUAAGUUCAAUUGUCACUGCAGAUGUCUAUUCUUCCUUGAACGACACUUUCACCCUCCAGACCCAGGACCAAUUCUUUGUAAUUUUGAAAUAUGACCAGAACGUCAGGACUUAUGUGCCUGCAAUAACCCGUCCCAAAACUCAACUACCAGAAUUCAAGCUCACAGACGGACAUCUCACCACAGACGACAAAGAAGCUUUUCUUGGCCCAGUGCAUGUUGUCUUCCCACCAGUUUUGAUACCUUUGCGAUUUGGCAAAGCGACACCCAGAAAUGAGGCUCAUCUAGUGGCCGUGAAGCAGACUGAUAAUGCUGGCAAGCAGACGUUGAAUUUAGUUUCAGUGGGAAGUGAUUCAACGCAUCCUCUCGCACUAGAGAUUGUGACCGUCACAUCCGCUUCCGAUCAGGUUGACGAGCAUGACCACUAUGAUGAGGAGGAGCAGGAGUAA